CUCAGGCCUGGUGCAGGUUCCUGUUGGGUAAGCUUAGGGUGCGAGUGUCCCACACUUCCCCAGAGAAGGUUCUAGGGGUCCUUAGGGCGUCCUAAUUCGGGACUUGAGUUUCCUGCAGAAGAGAAGUAAGACACACAGCGUGCCUGGGCCCCUGCUCUGGCUCGGGGCCUCUCCACGUGCUCAGGGCCUCUCCCAGGCCAGCACUAAGCAGUGUCAUGAGUCUGGGCCGGGUGCGAGAUUAAUUCUUGGAGGCACAGCAGGGCCAAGAAGGGGGAGGAAUGACAGGUCCAAGGCCACCAGCCGAGAGGGGCAGCUGCUGUCCCUGACAGCUCCCUCCUGGGAGACCACGACACAGGUGGCCACUUACCCAGGCUGACAGCCCCAGAGGGGCCUGGGCAGAUCUGGCCUCUGCUAAGCCCUGGCCGCAGGCAGCUGGGCUUUGGCAGACCUGGCCUCGGGGCUCCAGGCUCAGGGCUCCUCCUCCUCGGCCCUCCCUCCACCCCCCUCGUACAUGUGCUUAAUACUCCUGGCACCCGAGGCCACCCACUCGGACUUGGGCCUUAGCUGGAGCUAGCGUGGGAGCCUGGGAAGCCAGGAGCAAAGUCUCUUAAAAGCAAAACAAGAAGCUUCGGGCUUUGUAGGACCUGCGAGCUUUCCCCAGAGGAGGCCGUUUUGGAUCCUGCCAUGUGGCUGCUCCUGCUGCUGGGUGCCUUGCUCUGGGCAGGGCUGUGGCUGCUCAGGGACCGGCAGAGCCUGCCCAGCAGCGAUGCCUUCAUCUUCAUCACCGGCUGUGACUCAGGAUUCGGGCGCCUUCUGGCACUGCGACUGGACCAGAAGGGCUUCCGGGUCCUGGCCGGCUGCCUCACUCCCUCUGGGGCAGAGAACCUACAGCAGGUGGCCUCCUCCCGCCUCCACACCACGCUGCUGGACGUCACUGACCCCCAGAGUGUGCAGCGGGCAGCCACGUGGGUGGAGUCACACGUUAAGGAAGCAGGGCUCUUUGGGCUGGUGAAUAACGCUGGCGUGGCCGGGAUCAUCGGGCCCACACCGUGGCUGACACGAGACGACUUCCACCGCGUGCUGAGUGUGAACACGUUGGGUCCCAUCGGGGUCACUCUUGCCCUGCUGCCCCUGCUGCAGCAGGCCCGGGGCCGGGUAGUGAACGUCAGCAGCGUCCUGGGCCGCCUGGCAGCCAACGGUGGGGGCUACUGUGUCUCCAAGUUUGGCCUGGAGGCCUUCUCUGACAGCCUGAGGCGGGACGUGGCUCCUUUUGGGGUCCAAGUCUCCAUCGUGGAGCCUGGCUUCUUCCGAACCCCUGUGACCAACCUGGAGAGCCUGGACAGCGGCCUGCAGGCCUGCUGGGCACGGCUGCCCCCAGCCACACAGGCCCAGUACGGGGAGACCUUCCUCACCAAGUAUCUGACAGUGCAGCGACGCAUCAUGAACCUGAUCUGUGACCCGGACCUCACCAAGGUGAGCAAGUGCCUGGAGCACGCCCUGACUGCUCGUCACCCUCGAACCCGCUACAGCCCAGGCUGGGACGCCAAGCUGCUCUGGCUGCCGGCCUCCUACCUGCCGGCCAGCCUGGUGGAUGCCGUGCUCACCUGGGUCCUUCCACAGCCUGCCCAGACCGUCUACUGAAUGAAUCAGCCUCCCAGAGAGACUGUUUUCCAAGAGCAAGGACUCUGACUUGUUUCUGCCCUCGUUCUGGUACCAUCUGGUGCCUGGCGCAAAGCAGGCACUCAAUAAAUGUGUACUGUCUAAAAAGCAGAAAGUGAGUGAGCAGAAAUGAAGGCGUCCCCAAACUGCCAAGUCUUUAGUGCCUGCAAAACGCCCACUGGGGGGCGCCGGGAACUCCUGCAUCUUCGGGUGAACUUUGCAACCGCACCCGGAGGAGUGGCCACCAGAGGGCACUUUGCAUGUGUCACCUAUUUUCUGCAUGGAGUAAGGUUACAAUUCUGUGUUUGUACUGGGAAUGGAUCUUUAGCUCUCUUCCGUGAUGAAGCAUCAGGGCCAACUUGAGUGGUUUCCAAGGGGAGGGGGGGGGAUACUCAUUCUCCUCAGUCCAGAAUGAGGGAAAGUGGCCACCCUACUUAUCAGCACCCUGAAAGGAAGCAGGUCCCCUUGAGAACUGCGCGAGAGGGGGCUGCUGGGCCCCCAGGUGCACAGAACGCCAGGGAGAGCGUGGCCACAGCUGACCCAGGCUGGGCUCUCCCAGGUGAGGCCUGUGUGGGAAUCCUGGGACUUACCCAGGAGGUGGUUUCAUGGAUGUUCCAGCAAAGAGCGCAGGGCUGGGGGCAGAGAGGGCACUGGGCCGGCGCCUCCUCCAGACCCCACAUCCCCCUGCCAGCCCACUCAACACGUUCAAGCACAACCCCCUUUCCCAGACGCUCACCACCUGCCUUCCCCGGCGGUGCACACAGAGCAAGGGAACAAGGAUAAGGAGGAAGAGGUCAGGUAUUGCUUUGAGACAAACAGACACCAUGUCUCUUUUCGGUCUGAAAAAAUAAUCCGUUUAAUUGAAAAACCUGGUGGAUACGACUGCACUCCCCUAGACGGAGGGGGCUGAAGAGACCAGAGCCCUACAUCACCUCGUAGCCACUUCGAAUGCUCUUCACAAGGCAGCAGGCAAAGACAAUGCCCAGGACCUAGAAGGACAGAGGCAGAGGGGAGUGAGGAGGGCAAGCCACCCCAGAUCCACCCGUGGGACCACGGGCCCCUGCCCGGGUCAUCUCUCACCUCCACAAAAGCAAUGCCCAGGGCUGCUGCCGCCACCACCAACACGUUUUUCCUCAGCCACAGCCCGAUCUUCUCCACGCAGCCCUGAGGGGAGGCAGGCACACAGGUGAGAGCACUACCAGAGCUUCCCACCAGCCGGCACCAGGCACCUGGCCCGCCACCUCUCGUCCCUGACCCUGUCCACCUCCCAUCCCUAACCCCGGCCACCUCCGUCCCAGAACGUUUCCGUGCCUCCUGAAGCCUCCGCCAGGUUAUCCAGCCCCCUCCCUACCUCGACAUAGAUGUCCUUCACGUUGAACUUGACCCCACAGCCCGAGGUGACGUUGACACAGCAGGAGUCAGGGACGCGAUCCCUGGUCAUGCCAGGGAUGGUCGCCCAGUCCGUGUAGUUAGCAGCCCCACAACACGUGAACUGGGGGAGGAGAGGGAGACGGGGGAGAGGGUGGUGAUGUGAGCCUCCCCCCUUGGCAUGGCGACGCCUCUGCCCCCGGCAGCCCCGCUCACAUCUUUCUGCAUCCUGUCCAGGAUUAAAGCGGUCUGGUUGUCUGUCGAGUAAUUCUGCAUCUGCUGCCGGAAAUCCUUAUUAAACUCCGACAUCACCUGAGAGUAAGGAGAAGCGCUGUUGAGGUCCGAAUCCAGGCACCUGGGUUCUGAGCAGCCCAGGGGAGGACCGGCCCCUCACUCCCCACUCACCUUGUCUCUAAACACGUAACCAGCAAUGGCAGCGGCCACCUCCACCAGCAUGAUCAGAGACAGGAAGAUGGCAAACUGCAGGGGCACAGCACAGGAGUCAGCCUUCCAGUCUACGACCCGAGACCUGGCCACGGGGACACGUCCCUGGCACCACCACUCACCGUGAUCAUAAGACAAUAGUUCUCCUUGCAGGUUCCACAGCAGCCCACAAAGGCCACCAGGAAGAGGAAGGCCCCCACGGCAAUGAUGACCACAGGCAGCAGGGAGCCAGGAGUCGCUCCGUGGGUUAUGGUCUGACUCAAGACGAGCUGCGCCCCCACACCCACGGCAAUCAAUCCCACUGCACAGGC